UUCUCGCCUAUUGACGGAACCAACACGUUUCACAAUUGGCGCCAAAACUCACGCGCGGCGUGCCUACGCGGUUUUUUUUUUAAUUUAUGCAUUGUUGUUUUAAUUGGCAAAGGAACGGUGAUAUUGUGAAGUUUAUGUGAUUGAGUGAUUUUUUUUUAAUUAUUAAAAACAAUGGAAAGGAAAAGCAUCUAAUCACGACCACGAAUCACCUAACCACAAUCGCAAGCGAAACUAAUUUUCAAGCUUUUAACAAACUAGCGUCAUCAAAAUGUUUCGUCCGAACCUCUUCCGCGGUCUUAGCGUGGACUCCGCUGACUCUGGGGAAUACAACCUUGACAGGAGCCGGCGGGCGUCGCUCAGCGCUGAGCAGCGCAGGCGGCUCAGCAUGCUGAGGACGUCCAGCAUACCGACGCCGCUGUCAUCGGUGAGCCACAUUUACCAUUUGCUAGUCUGCCCGAGAAAAUGCUGUAAUCAGAAAUAUGUGGUCAGCACGGAUCGAAGUGGCGAUAUUCACGUGCAUGUUCAGGGAGUUAUUCCGAAGAAUGGACAAGGUGACCUAAGCCAACAAGACAAAAGAUGCGUUUUCCUCACCGUUCACGAUCUGGGAACCAAUCAUACAUCAAUGGUGGACUUUGUGAACAGUCCUGCGAUGUCUGAAAUCAAAGAGCGGUCGUGUUUCAUCCAUGUUGAUGUUCCGGGACAUGAGGAGAACUCGCCAGAUCUACCUGAAUCGUACCCAUUCCCAUCCCUCCAAACGCUCGGCGAGGACAUGGUGACGGUGUUGGACUUUUUGCACGUGCGCUACGCGGUCGGGCUCGGGGAAGGCGCUGGGGCUAACGUGCUCGCGCGCUGCGGACAUGCGCACCCGCGCCGCUUGCUCGGUCUGAUACUAGUGAACUGCACGGCGUCCGCGUCGUCCGUAGCGGACGCGUUCCGCUCGCGCUUCUCGCGCUGGCGCGGCGCCGACAUGUCGCACUCUGAAGAGGACUUCCUCGUCUACCACAAGUUCGGACACGUGAGUUGUAUGCGCAUGCCCUGUGUGCACUAUCGCUACCAGAAAAUUCCAAGCGAGUCGUGCGAAGCGGCGGAACGCGAGCGCACACUCGCGGAGUACCGCUCGCGGCUGCGCGGGAACCUCAACACGCACAACAUCAAGCAGUACGUGCGCGCGUUCAUCAAUCGCAAGGACCUAGUACUGCGCGGCUGUCGACCAGACAUACUGCUCAUCACGGGGACCCAAAGCCCGUACCUUUCCGUAGUGGAGCGCAUGUACAAGGAACUGGAUAAGGACAAAGUUACCAUACUGAAAGUGGAUAGAGCGGGAGAUGUACUGGCUGAAGCGCCCGCGAAAGUAGCGCAAUCUCUCCUGCUAUUCUGCCAAGGGCAAGGCUUGCUGACGUCACUACCUCCACCUGGCGUGGAAAGACGCAUGUCUCGCGCUAUGUCCAUGGAAGAGUACGACAAGCCGAAUAUCCGCAGGCUGUCGCUCACACCGAACACUGCGGAGACCCCACCACCACGGAAGUUGUAGAGAGGGAUCGAGUUGUGUGUGGGGAAGACGGUGUGAUUGUGGUCAGUGCUGGCUAUCACACUGUGGCGGAGUUGGUAUCGAGUAAGUAGAGUGUAGAGAUGUAAAAAGACGGUGUGAUUGAGCCUUGAGGUCAGUGCUGGUUGUUAGUCACACCGAAUGUGGAGGAGACGCUGCUGCCGAGGAAGUUGUAUGUUAGCACUAUGGCUGUAGUGUGAGUUUGGUAAGGUGUAUGGUGUGAUUGAGGUUUGUUGGGUCGGGUAUUGCGGCAGGCGUGCGAGAAUGUAUGCUAUGGGGUUUUUUAUGUAGACUAUUUCAAAUUCAAAUUUAUUUAUUAUUUUUGUGAAAGUCGAGAAAAUUUGUUAAAAUCAGAAACCUCUUAGUUUUACUAGGCCCUGGUUAGAAAAAGUUCUUAUUUUUUUUUUAAUUUUGCUCGCUUGUCGCUAUUAGUCGUCACUUGUUGUGUGAACGUUGUAUGUUUUAGAUUUAUAAAUUUUAUUAAAUAUAUGUAUUACAAUAUUAUGAUGUCAUUGAGGCGUCCUAAAAAAACGCAAAAUAUAUUAGUUGUACAUUUUCUUGUUAGUAAUUAAGUACAUAUUUCAAUUUAGUUCUGUAAUUAUUUACCAUUGUUUUAUUUUUUUAUUUUAAAAAUCAUGCAUUCAUUUUCUUAAAGUGCUCUUUGUAUGCAAAAUAUUUCAUUUUCCUUAUAAACGAAUUCAUAUUGUGUCAAACUUUUGGUUAAAUGAAACGCAUAUAAAUAACAAAUUUAUAAGCAUAGUAAUCAUAAUAACGAAUAAUUUUAUGGUAUAAUUUUGCCUUUUACUGUAGAUUUGAUCUUUUUUUUUUAUUUCAAUCCCUUUUAUAAUCCAAUUUAAAAAGUAAAAGCAAAUUUUAAAGUCCCUGUAGAACUUUGUUGAGCAAAUGCACAUGAUGGCUUUUCUAUUUUUAUUUAUAUGUAUUAUUAAGUAAAUGAUCAAAAUAAUACGAACGUAAAGAAUUAUUAUUAAACCUGUAUUCUGAAAAAAUGCUAUAAAUAAUUGAGUAUUUGAACAACAAAAAAAUAUUUUUUUUUCAUUUAUUUUAAAACCUUAUUAUUAAUAAUAUUGAUAUUUAAUGCAAAAAACUCCAA